UAUUUAUAGAUAUUUAAUAGAAUUCUUAAUACAUAUACAGGAUCAGGACAGAAGCUGCUAACUUCCUGUGACCGUACAUAUCAUACUUUGGAUCCGCCCUUGAUGAGAUCACCUCUGGAGUCAUCAGAAGCAACAGUUUUAUGGCGUUAGUUAUAUUUGAUAAGCCAGUCCAAUUCUAUAUAUUUUGUAUAUUUCUUAGCCAAACGUUAUAACAUGGCAACUGUGCUUGAGCAAUGCCAAGUAGCGCCACCUCCAGGCAGCGCGGCGGAGUUGACACUCUCUCUUACGUAUUUCGAUCAUGUGUGGUUAGCUUUCCAUCAUAUGAGGCGGUUACUAUUCUACAAGCUCCCCAUUCCCAAAUCCGAUUUCGUCCAAAACAUUAUUCCUCCUCUUAAAGAUUCACUCUCCCUCGCUCUCAAACACUAUACACCCUUAGCUGGCAACGUUGCUUGUCCGCUAGAUUCUAACGGAUAUCCUGAGCUACGUUAUGUGACGGGCGAUUCUGUAUCUGUUACUUUUUCUGAGACUGAUAUGGAUUUCAAUUAUUUCAUUGGUGACCAUCCCCGUAUUGCUAAGGAUUUUUAUCACUUUGUUCCCCAGUUGGCGGAACCUAAGGAUGCACCGGGGGUCAAAUUAGCCCCGGUCUUAGCAAUUCAAGUUACGCUUUUUCCAAAUGUUGGCAUAUCCAUUGGUUUCACUAACCAUCACGCUGCUGGUGAUGGAGCUACCAUAGUAGGAUUCAUAAGGGCAUGGGCUCUGCUCCACAAAUUUGGUGGACAUGAACAAUUCUUAGAAAAUGAGUUCAUUCCAUUUUAUGAUAGGUCCGUAAUCAAAGACCCUCAUGGACAAGGGAUGUCCAUAUGGGAGGACAUGAAGAAAUAUAAUCUAGAGAUGCGUGACAUAGUGACUCCUCCUGACAAGGUUCGAGGUACAUUUACUAUAACACGAGAUGAUAUCGGAAAACUCAAGAAUUUAAUAUUGUCAAGACGACCGAGUCUAACUCAUGUAACCUCUUUCAUCGUAACGUGUGCUUAUGUAUGGACUUGCUUGAUAAAAUCAGAGGCCGUGAUCGGAGAAGAUAUAGACGAUAAUGUAAUGGAACUCUUUGGAUGUGCAGCAAAUUGUAGAGAGCGAUUCAAUCCACCACUUCCUCCAUCUUAUUUUGGGAAUUGUAUAGUGGGGUACAUUGCAAGAAUAAGACAUGCUGACUUAGCUGGAAAGGAAGGCUUUACGAUUGCUGUGGAAUUAAUUAGGGAAUCCAUUCAGAAAAGAAUGAACGAUGAGGAGUGGAUCCUGAAUGGUAGCUGGUUUAGACAAUAUACCAAUGUAGACUUGAAUCGGUGCCUUUCAGUUGCUGGAUCACCAAAGCUUGACUUAUAUGCUGCUGAUUUUGGCUGGGGAAGGCCCGCGAAGUUAGAGUUCGUUUCUAUUGACAGUGAUAAUGGAAUAUCGAUGUCUCUUGGUAAAUCAAAGGACUUUGAUGGAGAUUUAGAGGUUGGCUUGUCUUUGUCUAAAACUCGAAUGAAUGCUUUUGCUGCUAUAUUCACCCACGGGCUCAGCUUUCUAUAGCAAGCCUAGCUAAAAUUAUAAUUUCACCAAACAAUAUAAAGUUCCAUAUAUA